AAAAUUCUGUAUUGGAUUUAAGUGAGUUUGGGCUCAUGUAUCGUUUUUAGGAUCCAAUCCAAUAAGAGAAAAAUCCAAUAAUCGCUAGGGUUUUACGCUGUUCUAUAAAUCGUUAAAACCCUCUCUCCACAAACAGUCUUCAACUAAAUUCUCUUUCAUCAAAGUUUCUCCUCCGAUUCUUUCGCUAUUUCAAGGUCUGUUACUUAAACCAGUCAUGGAUCCUCAGCCUAAGCCUGUCCAUUAUCUCUGUGGUGAAUGCGCAGCAGAGACUCCCCUGAAAUCUGGCGAUGUUGUUGAGUGCUCUGAGUGUCAUUCUAGAAUCCUUUACAAGAAGCGCACACAUCGCAUUAUCCAAUACGAGGCACGUUAAGAAGAUUGCGAGGAGCUUAGCAAGUAAUCUGCAAAUCAACCUUAAAAAAUGUAAAAAUCUUAUCAGUACAAAUUUUGUUAGUAUCACUUUUUAGUGAUGGGAUAGUUCCACUAUGCGGUUGAAUUUUGUUUUGGAUUAUGUCACAAUGUUUUCUGCCAUCUAUUACUAUAAUCUGUCUGUGUAGUUUUUGCAUAUUAAAAAUGGUGUAAACCCCUCUACAAUGAUCUAUAAUAUUUUCUGAAAUAUUCAAUAUGAAAAUAAACGAUUUUCAUAUUUGUUUGUUUGUGCA